CCUUGAUGCGCAGGGAUGGACAGGUGGCGGCAGGACCGGCUGGGCAGCUUCGGAGGGCAGGUGAGAAGCUGGUGUUGCACGGAAGGCCCAAAGCCCGGAGAAGCCAAGGAGCUCUGGGCCCGGUGCAGGAGAUUCUCCCUGCCGGCGUCGGCCCUGGGGCACCCACCUGGACCCCCCCUCGCCGGUCCUGCCAGAGAGGAGAAGAACAAAUGGUGGUGUAUCCAGGACAGCGUCAAAGUCUUAAGGUUGACCCUACAGAAUGACCUCCCCGGGGACCGACCUGACCAAAUAAAGCAAAAGCCGGUGGGCAGAGCCUUCGCCAUGGUGGCCAGCCGACCCACGAGUAGCCACACCCUGGCAUCUGAAUGCGUCAAGUGUAAUGAGGGGGAAGAGGAGAUCAUUAAGGUGUACCUGAAAGCCCGGGCCGAAGACAGGGCGAAGCACGAAAACGGGCCCUCUCCGUUGACAAACGACAGCUGUCACUCAGAGAAUAAGUCAAACGGCUUCCAGCCUCUUCGGACAGUGACGUACCGCACCGUAUCUAUAAGCCAGGACGAACCCGCCUAUCCCACCGAGGACAUCUCCGUCAUGCGCGAGACAACCAAAAGACUCUUUUCAAAACUUCAGGAGGCCGAGAAGAGGCAUCAGUCCGAUCGGGCGGCCUAUGAGACGUCGAUCUCGCAUUAUCGGAGGGAAGCAGAACAUUCGGGCAUCGCCCUCCGGAAAGCCGAAACGGAACUGGAAAUGAAGGACCUUAAAUUGGAGGAAUUGCAACGGCUCCUCACCGGCAUGGAGAAGGAACACCAGAUCCUCCUGCAGAAAGUUCGAGAUGGAGAAAUGCAGCUGGAAGACCUGCGGAGCUCGGAGAAGGACAAGGCAGCCGAGCAGGAAAGGUCGGCCAAGCUAGAGAAGGAGGUGGCUGGUCUCCGGGAGAAAAUCCACCACUUGGACGACAUGUUGAAGAGUCAACAGCGCAAAGUCCGGCAGAUGAUCGAGCAGCUGCAGAACUCCAAGACGGUGAUCCAGUCCAAGGACAGCAUCAUUCAUGAGCUCAAGGAGCGAGUGGCGUAUCUGGAGGCCGAGAACCUGGAAAUGCACGACCGCAUGGAACACCUGAUCGAAAAGCAGGCCAACCCGGGGACCUUCCACAGCCGCACCCGUUCCAAGUCGGAGACGGUCAGCAGCAAAAGGUUCACCAAGCCCCUGGGACCGAAACCUUUGCCCCUGAUCCGAGUCUUAGAGACAUGAAUGGGAUUUGUGACUCCGCCUGGGGAAGUUUGUGCCCACUGCAGACCCGCUGGACGUCGGCUGCUGCCUCUUCUUCGUCGCUUCGUCUACCCCAAGUUCCUCACCCCCACCCCACCCUCCCGUGCCAAGGGGGAGGGCAUUGGCACGAGCAGGAAGACCUUAAAAGCCGUGGGUUUUAAUCGCAUUGAGGCAGAGGAGGAGGAAACGCAUGACUGCAGAAGGAAGAUGGAGCGAGCGGGAUAGCGGGUUCACUUUGGAAAAAGGACGGUGUUUUUUAAGCUUCCCAACCAGUUUCAGAGCUUUGGUUCUCCUGCAAACUUAAUUUGGGGUUGAGAGAGGGAGGAGGCUCUUCCGGUGAAUAAAGCUUAAUUCAAAAUAAAUAACUUUUCUUCUGCUUUGCCUUCCGAGCGAGGCGCUUCCCACUGUCUCCUCUUCACCGUGGAAAAACCCUUGAGUCCCUCCCGUUAUUUUAAAACCCAUUUCAACCCUCGUUCUCCAAAA